GUUAGAACUAGCAAAUCUUUGAGUGCCGGGAGACGGUAUCGCGUUUUUGUAUUUGUCUACAUGAGUUAAUUUUUACUGUAGAAAUUCUGAAUUAUAUUAAUUAUCAACUUGACUGUUGUCAUUUUAGAUUGGGGGUAACUCUUAUGGUGUUAGUUGAGAUUUACAGAUUCCAUUACAAGCUUUCUAAAACUGUCAGUCAGUUAUCAGCAACAAAAAAUUACAGUCUAUAAGUCUACAUUGGAUAUAGUAGUAAAAUAUGCGUUAUCGAUACGAUGCGUUACAUAUAUGGAACUUGUGUGUUCCAUCUUAGAGCUGGAACUUUAUCGUAUACGAUAUAUUGAUUACAUGUCAUCAAUACGACAAAUGUCGUGGGCUAAAUAUAAUAUAAAGUUCUUUGGUGUAUACUACUCAGAGUAAAAAUUUAAAUGAUUAUAAAGAUUGGUAGAAGCUACACAUUUGUUUAAGGGGGAGGUAGAUGAAUUUGAGACUAAUAUCCAGAUUGUGUAACGCAAAAGAAGCAUAUCACACUGGUUGUUUUGGUAUAUGGUCGUUAUGCUUGACAAGGCGUCUCUAGUUGUCUGUAUCUGCUAGAACUAAACCGACCAAUGCCACCAUUAGACGUCUAUAGCUGUUUCUUUCGAGGAUUUAUUUGUCAACGCAAUCUACAGGGUCAUUCGAUUUUGAGCGUUUCAAAUUAUUAGGCUCGUGUUUGUAUAUCACUAGGAUUGGUUUGUCCGGUUUAUUCUAAAAUAAGUUUGCUAUUUUAAAGAACGACGAACCAAGUGUCACUCUUUACAAUGCUUCCAUGAAUAAAUCACCCACAGGCAUGGGUAAAUUUAAAAACUGAACAUAUUGAGGUUCAUUUUUGUCCAAUAGUUAAUUGAUUUGUUAAACAGAUGAGACUAAUAUGAAAGCAAUAUUUCCGUGAUGUUUGUAGGAGUUGUUUUGCAUUUGAUUGAAAAAGUCACCUUACCAGACUCUUAAAUGUCUUUAUAGAUGCAGCGUAGACACUAAAUAAUGGUAGCUAAUUGCAAGUUGUCCUCCUACGUCGGAAACUAGAUUUACUUUGAUGCGUUACCAGGCAUGCUAAACUGACGUGGUAAAUAGUCCGUCAUCGGUAUCCGCGCUUAGAGAUAAAACGUGACGGUAUAAUGCAUACAGGCAUUGUAACUUUUCAGACUGAUAGUCAGUUAUCCAUUCGCAACGUAGAGCCUGGUACGUAUGCACAUUGGCUCAUGGUGCCGUGGCCCAUUAGCAAAGAGAGGUAAAAUCGUCAGGCCAAAUUCCAUAAUUUUUGAGUGGUAACAGUUGGAGUUUCUGGAUUAGUUUUAAAUAAACAUUUUAGUCUGCACAGUCAUUCUAACCUUGCUUAGGAGGCUUACAUAUUUUCCUAAAAUGACAUACUGGUUUGUUCUUUGAUAGAGAAUUUGCGGCGACCAUUAAAUUACUAACAGAUGGGUGGUGAUAAAAACCCGUUGUUUGAAUGGUCAGAUGAGUCAGAUAUGUUGUCGAAAUACUCAACUCUCUGUUAUAGCUAAGGUAAUUAAAUACGACUUUUCUACUGUCUUACAUUUUCGAAGCUUAGAAAAGAAGAUUAGUUGUUUUCAUUAGAUGACAAAAUACUUAGUUUACAUUUUUUCACGAAGUUCAUAAAAUAAACAUUUUAAUGUUUCAUCACUACUAUGAACUGUCAGUGUUUUUCAAUCACUAGUUUGACUUGUAUUUUUUUAUAUAACUACCUCUUGACGUGUGGUAAUUGUCUACUUUGAGCCAUAUUUUUAAAAGUAAUUAUUGAGGUUUGUUUGACAUUACUUAUUGAUACUUACAUUUCUAAAAUUUAGGGUUCAGGUUUUGUGUCAGAUAAACUUCUAUUACGUGUAAGUAAAUAGUUUCAAUUAUUCUACACGUGUAAAAACAGAAUGUCAAAAGUUUAUUUGAUCGAUUUUAUGUGACUGGAUCUCUUUACGUUAUCGUAUUGACAUGAAUGAUUUUCAGAAGUUAUUAUUAAUUUUUGGUGGAUUUGUUUCGUAUAUGCUGGCUGAUGGAUACACUUACUCUAUGGGUAUAUUAUAUUCGGAGCUCAUGAGUGCUUUCCAUCUUAGUAGUGUUGAAACUGCCACCCUACCUGGAAUGAUUUUCUCAAUGCCUCAAUUUUUUGCACCCUUUCUGUGUCCACUACUUGACACUUAUGGGUUUUCGUCAGGUUCUGCAUGGGGUGCACUGUUAAUGUGGGUCGGAUGCUUUGUUUCCUCAUUUGCGAACAGCUUUCACAUUUUAUACUUGACUCUGGGCAUAUUGACCAGUAUUGGACUUCAGUUGACAUAUUUAUCUGCACUGAUGUCAGUUACUGCCCAAUUCGAGAACAGUUCAUAUUUUGGUUUAGCCAUAGGACUCACUAUGUGUGGUUCAGGUGUUGGUGCAUUUGGGUCGAAUUACCUUCUUUCUUGGUUCCUAAGUAUUUGGAAUUGGCGUGAGGUGUUAUUGAUCGAGUCCGCCAUACUUCUGAACAUUUUGGUUACAGCAUCGUGUUCUCAUCAUUUAGAUGCAGAACUAAACGCUAUAACAUUAGUGAAACAUGAGCUGAGUUAUCCUGACGGUAUAGAAGAUACAAACCAUCAGAACAAGUAUCCUUCUGAAGCAGAUUUUGCCAGUGAUUGCUCAAUAACUAAAUACUUUUUGAAUUCAAUUCCACUUUGUUUAUGUAUUCCAUCGUUAUUCCGCUUUCGAAAUUAUCGUCUACUUUUAUCUCAUUCAAAUAUUAUAAAGACCAAUGCUGAAAAUAGUGAUUAUGAUAUCGUCAAUAAAGAAAGAAUAAAUGGAAUAAGAUUUUCAUUUGGAUGCCCACAAUUUUUACAAGAAUUCACUUCAAAUUUUAAAAAGUUAUUUUCACCGAAAUUAUGGAAAAAUCCUAAUUUUUUAUUUUAUGUAAUAGCUAAUGGUAUAGCUGGUGCUGGAGUUGUCAUACCAUGGACAUUUAUUUACGAUCAUGUUCUAACUACUCUGUCUUAUUUGAAUGCUCAAAAUUCAAUUGGAGAUAUAAACAAUCAAGAUAUUUCCUGGCUUCCAUCUUUAAUUGGAUUCGGAUUGCUAUUUGGUCAAUUGUUUUAUGGUUUGGUAACUUCUCAGUUUGGUGACAUAGGUACAUGUUGUAAAAAUAACAAUCAAGAUUGCAAAGUUGAAAAUGGUAGCUCUUGUUGUCAACCAAAUUGUUUUCAGUCCGUCAAUAAAAAAUGUUCAUCGUCAAAGUAUAAAUUUCAUUUAGUAAUCUUCCUGAUAACACUUCUUUUAAAUAGUUCAUGUACACUAACUAUAGCUUUAGUCCCAUUAUGGUCUGUUCAAAGUGAGUUAAAGCACUUCGAAUUAUUCUCGCAUCAAGAAGGAAAACUAUUAGCGUUGGCUUGUUUUUUUGUUGGCGUAUCAAAUGGUGGAUUGUACGUCAUGUUUCCACAGUUAAUCAUUGAUAUUGUUGGUACUGAAUUAUGGUCUUCUGGACUUGGCGUAUUUUUAACUUUUAAUGGUCUUAUGAAUUUGUGUGGAACUAAUAUUGGAGUCACCACUUAAACAUUGCGAUAGGCAGUUGCGACAAUAACACCAGGCUCAGAGAUAUCAACUGCGGUUGGAAACAGUGAAAAUGUCCAUGAUAACUUUAAAUAGCUAAUGUGAGUAGUUACAGAAAGGCAAAAUAUAUGACACUAGAGGUUCAUAUCAAAUGGCACUUUUAAUCGCCGCAUUUCUGCCGCUAUUCGCUUUUCUUUUGGUCGUCAUGAAGGAGAUAUUCACGUGGUUAAUAAAGAGUUCUACAUUAUCUGCCAAUUCUGAUUCACUGCAAAGACAAAUUUAAAUGAUAUUUAUGCUAAGAAUUCAAAUGACGUUUUAUUAAAAUCCCUUUUUUAGCGC